AGAAAACGUGUCAAUACGUCUUAUUCCACCUAACGUUCAAAUAUUGCCCCUAUUUAAGAAUACAACCGAGAUCUGCAAGAUUGGUUUGAUUUCAUAAAUUUCUUUAUCUGCUCACAAUGAAAAUUUGGAAGGACAUUUUCACUGGCGACGAGAUGUUCUCGGACAGCUACAGGAUGAAGCUGGUCGACAGCGUGAUGUACGAAGUGUACGGAAAGCACGUGUCCCGUACUCUAGGUGACAUCCAGCUGGAUGGGGCCAAUCCAUCCGCCGAGGAAACCGACGAGGGAACCGACAAUGCCACCGAAUCCGGCGUUGAUGUAGUGCUGAACCACCGCCUCGUCGAGACGGGUUUCGCCAACAAGAAACAGUUCACCACCUACCUGAAGGACUACAUGAAGAAGCUUGUCACUCGGCUGGAGGAGAAAAACCCCAGUGAGGUGGAGGUGUUCAAGACCAACAUCAACAAUGUGAUGAAGGAUUUGCUCGGCCGGUUCAAGGAUCUACAGUUCUUCACCGGUGAGUCCAUGGACUGCGAUGGACUGAUUGCCAUGCUUGAGUAUCGCGAUAUCGACGGCGAAAGUGUACCGGUGCUGCUCUGCUUCAAGCAUGGUCUCGAGGAGGAGAAAUUCUAAUGGACAUUUUUGUCAAUGGACGAAAGUCUGUGUUCGGAACGAUGUGAACAGACGAAUGCUAUGGUUUCGGACAUUCAUCAGGGUUUUAUUAUUCUAAAUUAAGGCCUAAUUUUAGGAUGAAGGACAACACUUUAUAACAGUAGCUCAAUAAAUAUGAUUUGAGGUAUUUUUUGACAACGAAAAUUAAUAAUAUGAAUAAAAAUAAAGGUUUGAUUCGAGCCAGAU